GGCGGCGGCGGCGGCAUGGCCGUCUGGACCCGGGCUUGUAAAGCGGGGCUGUUGGAGUUGUUGCUACGGGAACGCUGGGUGCGGGUAGGGGCGGAGCUGAACGGCGAGACGUUGAGUUUAACGGCGGAACCGGCGGGAGGCGGCGGCGAAGCGGCAGGGUUGAACGGCGUGGUGAACGGCAACGGGGAGGCGGCCGCCGCCGGCUGCGUGCGGAGGGUGCGGGUGGUGAAAGCGGAGGCGGGAGGGUUGGGGAUCAGCAUCAAGGGAGGGCGGGAGAAUCGGAUGCCGGUGCUUAUCUCACGGAUCUUCCCGGGCUUGGCGGCGGAACGGAGCGGAGCCCUCCGGUUGGGUGACGCCAUCCUCGCCGUUAACGGCGUCGAUCUCCGGGAUGCUACCCACGAUCAAGCCGUCCAGGCGCUGAAGCGAGCCGGCAGGGAGGUCAUCCUCGAAGUGAAGUUCAUGCGGGAGGUGACCCCCUACAUCAAGAAGCCAUCGCUGGUGUCAGACCUGCCAUGGGAAGGGGCUGCCCCGCAGAGCCCCAGCCUGAGCGGCAGCGAGGACUCAGGCUCCCCACAGCACCAGGGCACCCGUGACCGCAAGGUGAUCCCUCUCAAGAUGUGCUUUGCUGCCAGGAACCUCAGCAUGCCCGACCUGGAGAACAGGCUGAUCGAGCUGCACUCGCCGGACAGCCGGAACACCCUGAUCCUUCGCUGCAAGGACACGGCGACCGCUCACUCCUGGUUCACCGCCCUGCACUCCAACAUCUCCGCGCUGCUCCCCCAGGUGCUGGCCGAGCUGAACGCCAUGCUGGGCAGCGGCAGCGCGGCCGGCGGCAGGGAGGUGAAGCACAUCGCUUGGCUGGCCGAGCAGGCGCGGCUGGACGGGGGGCGGCAGCAGUGGCGGCCGGUGCUGAUGGCGCUGACAGAGAAGGACCUGCUGCUGUACGAUGGCAUGCCCUGGACCAGGGACGCCUGGGCCUCCCCCUGCCACAGCUACCCACUGGUGGCUACCAGGCUGGUCCACUCAGGCUCAGGCCGCCGCUCGCCCGCCCUGGGCUCGGAGCUGACCUUUGCCACCCGGACGGGCUCCCGCCAGGGCGUGGAGAUGCAUGUUUUCCGUGUGGAAACCCACCGGGAUCUCUCCACCUGGACACGUGUCCUGGUCCAGGGCUGCCAUGCCGCUGCUGAGCUGAUCAAGGAGGUGUCUGUGGGCUGCGCGCUGGGCGGGCAGGAGGUCCAGCUCAACAUCCACUACGAGAGCGGCUUCACCAUCAGGCGUGAGGAGCCGGGCGGCAGCGUCCUCUUCCGCUACCCCUACGAGAGGCUGAAGAUGUCAGCGGACGACGGCAUCAGGACGCUCUACCUCGACUUUGGGGGUCCCGAGGGGGAGCUGGCACUGGACCUGCACUCCUGCCCCAAGCCCAUCGUCUUUGUCCUGCACACCUUCCUCUCGGCCAAGGUCACCCGCAUGGGGCUGCUGGCAUAGGCGGCCCUGGCCCCCCCGCCUGCCUCCCCCCACCUCAAACCAGCUGGGAGGGCUCACCCCUCCUCCCACCAGUGCCUUGCCAGGGCCGGGCAUACAGCAGGAUGGCUGCUCUGGGAGGGGCUGAGUCCAUCCUGCUCCGUGCCGGUGGUCCUGAACCCACCUCCAGUGCUGGGGGGGCACAGGUACCAGCUUUAACCCUGCCCUGGCCCUGAAGCCAUCGCUGAGAUCACCACCUGUGCCUUGGAGUGGGGGGAAGCCCAGCUGCUCCCCCAGACUCCUGGUGCUCCCUCCCCCCAUGCUGGGGGCGGGGGGGGGGGGGGGAGCGCCUGCCCCCUCCCCAAAGGGGGUCACAUUGGCCCUUUCCCAUGGGAUUGGGCUUGAGCCAUUGGAACCCCCCCAUUGCUGCAGCUUGGGGUCCCAUUGUCCCCUUGGGGAGCCACAGGGGGGGUCCCAGCUGCCCACCCUGCAGUGCAGGCAGGGGGGGUCUCAGCCCCCCUCAACAGGCAGUGACCCCCACAAAAACCUCCCAAAGCCAGAAAACAAGUGUGGUGUCUCUGCUGCCCUGGGCAGAGGGGCUGGGGCGCCCCCCUGGAGCUGCCCCCCCCCUCAGCUGCGCUGACCCCACGGCCUCCCAGACCCUGCAGGCUGUGCCCCCAGCCCAGCAGCUGCCGGGGGGGACUCACAGGCCUCCGCAGGUUUGGGGCAGGACGUGUAGAUUGAUGCACUUUCGCUUUUUUUACUCUUUCCUUCCCCCAAGGAGGGGGGGGCAGCUCCUGUACCCCUGGGUGCCGGGGGGAGUCGCCCUGAGCACAGUGGGAGUUGGACUCUCCCCCAGGGUCCCCCCACCUGGCUGAGGCCCCGUUACCCCCCCUCAGCCAAACUCUGCUGCACAUUUUCUGCUUCCCAUGGGGCUGUGCUGGCCGGGCGACCCCAGGGGGGGCCCCAGGGGGCUCCAGGACCCCCGGCCCGGGGUCACGGCUCGCACACAAGCACUACAGCCCCCCUGGGCACUGCAGCCCCUUCUAUUUUUGUAUUCUUUGUA